AUGGGGCCGAAUGGCCAAGCUCCCAUCUAUUUGGAUUACAAUGGCACGACGCCAAUUGACCCGGAAGUGUGCCAAGCGAUGUCGCUGAUGAUGAGCCAACAUUGGGGAAACCCUUCCACCUCGCACUACUAUGGUGUGCAGGUGGCUUCGGGAGGUCCCAUUGGUGGACGAAAUCUCCCCAUGGAGGCCAAAAAGGCCAUCGAAACUGCCAGAAGGCAAUGUGCUGACCUGAUCGGUGCGGAUCCAGGCGAGAUCACUUUCAUGUCAAACGGCACGGAGACCAUCAACCAGGCUCUCAAGGGUUUGGCUGAGAUUGGUGAGACAGAAGGUCGGCAACAUUUCAUCACCCAGGCCAGCGAACACGUGGCCGUCUUGGAGGUGUGCAAAGCUUUGGAGCGGCGAGGCUGCCAGGUAACCUACCUGCCAGUGGAUUCUGAAGGCAUGGUGAGCCCGGACGCUGUAGAGGCCGCACUGACUCCCAGGACGAUUUGCAUCAGCAUCAUGCAUUCGAACAACGAAACGGGUGCGUUGCAGCCCAUUAAGGAGAUUGUCAUGCGGGCAAGGAAAGCUCCAAAGAGAGUCUUUAUGCAUUGCGAUGCCUCACAGAGCUUGGGAAAGCUUCCAGUGAACGUGAAGGAGUUGGAUGUAGACCUGCUGACCAUUGCAGGGCAUAAGCUUUAUGCACCCAAAGGGGUUGGCGCCUUAUACAGGAGAUGCACAGUUCCAGAUCUACCGCCGCUGCUGCACGGUGCUGGGCAGGAAGCAGGGCGCCGAGCCAGUACGGAGAAUGUGAUACACAUUGUUGGACUGGGCAAAGCUUGUGAAAUCGCUGCCCGGGAUCUCCCAAAGAAUCAGAAACACAUGCAGGAGAUGCGGGAUAGGUUACACCAGAAACUUAUUGAAGGUCUGGGAUCUAGCGCACACCUCAUGCGACAGAAUGGCCCAGCAGAGGCACGGCUUCCGAACACCUUGUCUGCCUCCUUCUAUAAGGUUGAGGCGAACACCUUGCUCUCGGAGGUAGCCGAUGAGGUCGCAGCUUCCGCAGGGGCGGCUUGCCACAGUGAUGAAGUGCACAUGUCACAUGUGCUCGAGGCCAUGGGAGUCAGCAAGGAUUGGGCCAUGGGAACAUGUCGCUUCACACUCGGACGAGAAAGUACGACGCAGGAGGUAGACCAUGCGGCGAAGGUCUUGGCUAAAACAGUGCUGAGGCUCAUGCCGGACGCGCAGGCUGAUGAGGCAGCAGAGGAGGUGGACCCGGAGUCGGUGAAGCUCACCCGCUUCACGCACGGAAUGGGCGCGGUGACCCGGAUCUCCGAAAGUUGGCUCAUCGAGUUAGAUGUUCCGGAGAAGACCACGGUCGCCUCACUGAAGCGGAUCUUGCAGAAACCACCGCACUCUUUGGAGGUCACAGCGGCAACCAAGGUCCUGUUUCGCAACAACGGAGUAUUGACGACACUCUUCGACAAAGAGCUUGUGCACAGUCAUGUAACUCUGCUGAAUGUGAAGGACGACAAAGCGCUGCCCUUUCCGGAGACCUUUCUUUGGGGAGCCGCCACAGCGGCCUACCAAAUCGAAGGGGCUGCGAACAAGGAGGGACGAAGUCCGAGCAUUUGGGAUACUUUCUGCAGCAUGCCGGGCAAGAUCCAGAACGGAGACACAGGAAGCUACGCCUGUGAUCAUUACCACAGAUUUGCCGAGGACGUGAGGCUGAUGAAAGACUGUGGCCUGCGUGCCUACUGCUUUUCCAUCUCCUGGUCCAGGCUUCUGCCUCAGGGACGAGGCAAGAUGAAUCCGAAAGCCUAUGACUUUUACAACUCUUUGCUGGUUGAGUUGCAUGACAAGGGGAUCACUCCUAUCGUCACCUUGUAUCACUGGGACCUCCCUCAAUGCCUUGAAGAUGAGUAUGGUGGCUGGCUUUCUCCUAAGGUGAUUCCGGAUUUUGAAGCCUUUGCUUCAACAUGUUUCGAGUGCUUUGGAAGUUAUGUCAAGCACUGGAUCACUUUGAAUGAGCCCUGGUGCUGCUGCGUCCUGGGCUACGGCAACGGAGAACAUGCGCCGGGCCGCAGCGCUGACGCGGGGCGCGAGCCGUACCUCGCAGCACAUCACAUGUUGCUGGCCCAUGCCCGAGCAGUGAAGUGCUACCGCGAGCUCUACCAAGCAGAGCAGGAGGGUGCUAUAGGCCUCACUUUGAACAUGGAUUGGAAAGAGCCUCUGAGCUCAUCGGAGGCUGAUCGGCUGGCGCAACGCCGUGCGUUGGAUUGGCAGCUGGGAUGGUUCGCGGAUCCGGUGUACAAAGGUGAUUACCCGGAGAGUAUGCGACAGAAAUGCGGCGAGCGGCUGCCAGAAUUCACCAAGGAGGAGCAGUCCUGGCUGCUGGGCUCUUCGGAUUUUUUCGGUUUAAAUCACUAUUCGACCGACUUCGUCUCGCCUGGGGAGGACAAGCCAGAGAAGGACAGCAUUUUUGCAGAUCCGGAGGUGAAGAACUGCUCGGAUCCUCGAUGGCUUCGGACAGACAUGGGCUGGGACAUUGUGCCCUGGGGCUUUGAAAAACUGCUCAGCUGGAUCCAGAAAGAGUAUUCGCCCAAGGGUGGCAUUCUGGUGACUGAAAAUGGGUGCGCAGUGCGAGAGACAACGGAAGAAGAAGCCGUGAAUGAUGGUGCUCGGAUGGAAUAUUUGCAAGGAUACCUCUCUCAGAUGCACAAAGCAAUCUCCAAAGGUGUUGAGGUGAAGGGCUACCUUGUUUGGUCCUUCAUGGACAAUUUCGAGUGGGCCUUUGGUUAUGCCAAGCGGUUCGGCAUUGUGCGAGUGGAUUUCGACACCCAAGAGCGCACACUGAAGAAGUCAGCCAACAUUUUCCAGACCCUGGCGAAGGAGAACAAAUUGAAGGUGCCGUCUCGUGUUCUCGCUCUCUCAGAGUUUAUUCCGUUCAAUGGCAGACUGGAAGAUACCGCAGUCGCGCCCAAAAAGCUGGCAAGACCACAGCUGUCCAUCGACGACGCCAAAGGCAUGUUAAAAGAGUUUUGCUCAAAAUACGAGGACCAAAAUUUUCAAGACAGGAUGGUUCAGUGCUUUCAGCAGUUCUUAAUCCACAACGAUGAGAUGCAACUGCUGAAGGAACGGCGGCGGCUGUGCAUGCCCAUCCAGGCUGAGAUCAUUCCAAAGUAUGGCUUUGAGCCCACGACCCGCGGCGUCAGCCAGGUGCAAGCGGCGCUGACGGCACCGCGGCUCACGGAGGACCCUGACAUCCGGCAAAUGAAUCACUACGUGGUGUACCUCACAGGUGAAAUGCCCAAAGCAAAGGUGCUGGAGCGUGUUUUGGACGAGUUGAGGGCUGUGAGUGGCCCCAUGGUGGAUCCCAAUGUCUUGGCCGGCCUCGGCAAGUCCAACGAGGAUGCGUGCGUCUAUAAGGUGAGCGAAGAGAUCGCCAUUGUGGGAACCCUGGAUUUCUUCACCCCCAUUGUGGACGAACCAGAGGUCUUUGGAGGUAUUGCGGCCUCGAACGCUCUCUCAGACGUGUAUGCUAUGGGGGCCAAGCCCAUCUUUGCCAUGAACAUUGUGGGUUUCCCAUCGAAUCGGCUGCCAUCAUCAGUAUUGGCCAGGAUCUUGAAGGGCGGACAGGAGAAGUGCGCCGAAGCCCAGGUUCCCAUCUUGGGAGGACACACUGUGGAAGACCUGGAACCCAAAUAUGGCCUGGCCGUGAUAGGUGUGGUUCAUCCGAAGAAGGUUUGGCGCAACAACGCUUUGAAGGUGGGCGACAGCUUGGUCUUGACCAAGCCGAUCGGAACUGGCAUUCUGGGCACUGCACAGAAGAGAGGUCUUUUGGAAGCAGGGGCCAAGAAACAGCUGCAGGAGACCUUGUUGCAACUCAACAAAACAGCCGCCGAAGUAGCCCAAGCCGAUUCAGAGGUCCAUGCAGCCACUGAUGUCACCGGCUUUGGAUUGCUGGGACAUUUAAAGGAGAUGCUGACACCGGAAGAUGUCGAACCAGCGGCAAAAAAGGCCAAACAUGAGAACGGUCACAAUGGCGCAGGCUCCCAAUUGACUGCUGUGAUCACUGCCAAGGCGGUACCUUUGCUCCAACAGGCCAAAGAGCUGGCGGUGGAUGAUCAAUGCGUCCCUGGCGGUUCCCUGAAUAAUUUGAAGCUGGUGGAAGCGACCACCUGUUUCAAGGAGGGAGUCUCCAAAGAAAUGCGAAUUCUCUUGGCGGACGCCCAAACCUCUGGAGGACUUCUUUUGGCUGUUGGCGGAGAUGGUUCCAAGCUGGUGGCAGCCCUGCACAAGGCUGGACUGACGCAGACAGCCAAAAUCGGCGAGGUCCAGGCGUCUGCCUCCGGGCCGAGCAUUGUCGUUGAACCCUGA